AUGAACGAGGGUCUCCCUACUGUGGGGUGGAGGGUGGGCAGGACUGCCCCCCUGGGGGUCCCCCACCUCCACCUCACCCUCCUCUUGUCCACAGUUGCAGGUGCUCUCAUUGCUGACUUCUUGUCUGGCCUGGUGCACUGGGGAGCUGACACCUGGGGCUCCGUGGAGCUGCCCAUCGUGGGGAAGGCUUUCAUUCGACCCUUCCGGGAGCAUCACAUCGACCCCACAGCCAUCACCCGACACGACUUCAUCGAGACCAACGGGGACAACUGCCUGCUGACAUUGCUGCCUCUGCUGAACAUGGCCUACACGUUCCACAGCCAGAGCCCCGAAGCCCUGGAGCAGCUGUACCCCUGGGAGUGCUUCAUCUUCUGCCUGAUCAUCUUCGGCACCUUCACCAACCAAAUCCACAAGUGGUCACACACGUACUUUGGGCUGCCACGCUGGGUCACCCUCCUGCAGGACUGGCAUGUCAUCCUGCCACGCAAACACCACCGCAUCCACCACGUCUCUCCCCACGAGACCUACUUCUGUAUCACCACAGGCUGGCUCAACUACCCUCUAGAGAAGAUAGGCUUCUGGCGACGCCUAGAGGACCUCAUCCAGGGCCUGACAGGCGAGAAGCCUCGGGCAGACGACAUGAAAUGGGCCCAGAAGAUCAAAUAACUCCUGGGAGCCUGCCACCUUAUUGCCAACCUUCCCCAGCCCCCCAAACCGAAGCCAUCUGCCAAAUUCCAGCCUCCUCGUGCUGGCCCCUCCAGGUGGGGAGGACGCCUCCUGGGCUGGGCCCAGGCACCCCCCAGCCCACCCCUCGUGACACAGAAUACUUGAGCCACUGAUUUUUCAUUUCCUUUUUUUCAUUUUCUUUCCUUGGCCCCUCCCCAGCCACCUGAGCUGCUCUUGUCUCCAAGCCUGACUCUGCAGAAAAAGGAGCCCCGCCCUGCUAGCCAUUCCUUGGGUAGAGGGAAAGCUCAUUCACUCCCUGCACUCCUCCAGCCCGCGCC